AUGCCCCCUCACAAUAAUGUAGCCGCGAAUAUGAUGGAAGUUGACAACGGAAGGAGGUUGAUGUCAUGUGUGGACGAGUUAAAAACACCACUAAUCGAGAUCAAGAAUGCUUUAAUGAAGGAUAAUGCCUUUCCCAUCUGUAGUAAUGACUGCGAACACUGUUUGAUUAACCCGCAACAAUGUAGAACGUUGAAGUCUGUCAUACAAAAAUUAAUUGACCAAGGAAUCUUGGUGGUAGACUUCCCGUCCACAAAAGAAGAUGUGUCUACCCUCGAGAUACCAUACGACGAAGUCCCUCCUCUGCAAAUUCCAUAUAACUUCUCUCAGUUAACCGUGACAACAAAUCCUGCUACUCCAAUCAUAAUAACAGUUCCCACACCAUUCUCGUAUGUUGACACCAAGGCAGGCCCAUGGGUGUAUGACACCUCCGUCUACAUUCAUGGACAGAAGAUUCAAGAAGAAUCAUUGAGGUCUAGUGAUCCAAUGAUCAAUAUCAUCGACACUGGUGGAAUUACGAGAAGUGGAAGGAUAUUUGCGCUGGCACCCACUCCAAUUGGAACUAUCAAUCCUUCAACUUCAGACAAAGGCAAACAAAUUGAUGGCGCUCAGCAGAGACAAGACCAUGCACCUUCCAAUGAAGUAGAAGGGUUCUUAUGCAUUAUCAAGAAGAGCGAUUAUCGAGUAGUUGAUCAGCUUAACCAUGCACCCUCGAAGAUCUCAAUGUUGUCUUUAUUAAUGAUCUCAGAAGCCCAUAAGGAUGCUUUGGUAAAAAAUUUGAGGACAGCUCACGUACCGCAAGAGAUCUCUGUUUGUCAGUUUGAAUGGUUGAGUGAGCUUAUAGUAAGAGUGUUUGAUGGGACUAGGAGGACUGUAAUCGCCUACAGUUGUUUGCUUAGAAGGCCUUGGAUCCAUUCAACUAGUGCAGUCACUUCAACGCUCCACCAAAAAUUGAAAUUCUUAGCUGAUGAUAAACUAGUUGUUAUCGAGGGUGAGGAGAACAUUGUGGUAAGUCACCUAGCAUCUUUCCGAUACGUUGAAGGAGAAGGGGAGAUGAGAGAAGUCUCGUUCCAAUCGUUUGAAGUUAUCAAUGUUGAAAUGGUUUUUUCAGCAAAGGAUGAAUCAAAAGAUGUCGAAUCUCCAAAGGCAUCUCUUAAGGACGCCUUGACAAUCAUAAAGGAUGGACACCCCCAAGGAUGGGGAAGAUUGCUUUAA